UUGAAGAGAGAUAGUGUGAGAGAUGGAACUCGGAGGAGGAAAUGGAGGCUUCCAUGGCUACCGCAGGGCGUUGCCACAGAAUAGCUCCGGCGGUACAAAAGCAUCAGAGCUGCCUCAGAUGAACCAGACCACCAACACCACUGAUGACACUGAAUGUACUGUUCGGGAGCAAGAUCGCUUCAUGCCAAUAGCGAACGUCAUCAGAAUCAUGCGCAGAAUACUCCCUCAACAUGCAAAAAUAUCGGACGAUGCUAAGGAAACCAUCCAAGAGUGUGUUUCUGAAUUCAUUGGGUUCAUAACUAGCGAAGCCAAUGAUCGUUGCCAGAGAGAGCAACGCAAGACCAUCACUGCUGAAGAUGUUCUUUGGGCCAUGAGCAAGCUAGGAUUUGAUGACUACAUUGAGCCACUGACUCUGUACCUGCAUCGUUACCGGGAGUAUGAUGGUGGUGAACGUGGCUCGUUGACUGGUGAGCCACUGGUCAAGAGGGCUGUCGACCCAGGCUCUUAUGGGUACGUGACGUUUCCACCGGUGCCCUUUUCAAUGGCUCCUCACCAUGGAUUCUUUGGAACUCCUCCAAUGAAUGGUUUCCUCAAGGAUCCAUCAAAUGCAGGUCCAUCCCAGGCUUCUGUGGCUGGCAUUGAUCCCUCUACCGCUACCCACAGUAAGAAGCAGGUUUAGAAUUUGCUAAGAGAAGGGGGGUAGUAAAAGAAAAAACAAAAACCUUGGAUCUUAUGUAAUGGAUUCUUAUAAGUAUUCAGUUUCAGUGUUAGGUAAAACAAAAGCUAGCCCCUGCUGCUAGCCACCUUUGAGUACUAAUGAGCAGCAAUGGUUGUUUAUGAUUUCAUUGCUUCUUUUUCCUCUACAAAUUAAGCACCUUUAUUGUGCAGAAUAAAAUCAGAUUUUUAGUAAAAUUUCACAAAAAUUGAUAAAAUGUUUGGUUAAAGACAAGAUUUAGAGUUGAGAUUUUUAUCAAAUUUUAAUUUAUAUCAAACAGGGUCUAAGAGUAUUUCUUAGGAAAGAUUGCAUCAUUGGUCCCGGACCUUUAAAUAUAGCAAGUUGUUCCUCCACCUUAGCUAUACAAUCAAUCCUAAUGACAAGAACCACCCGAAUAAAUAAUUUUAGCUAUACAAUCAAUCCAUUUUUUGUUGAAAAUAAUUUUAGUGAAUUUUUGGAGAAUGUAUUGUUAACAUAUAGAAAAAAGUUUGGAUUUAUAUGCAAAAUGUUUGUGAGAAUGGUUGUUUGAAAAAAAAAAAAA